AUGUCAUCGUUCUCGAGCCCGUAUCAGCGCCACAAGAACGACGAAGGAGUCUGUGUAGUCUACAAUGCUGAUCGCCAUGCAGCUGCUGUACUUACAGGUCUAGGCGAUUGCGCAAAUAACGAUAAACAUGGUAAAGUCGGAGCGGCACCUUUUUCAUUUUAUUCAGAAGGCGACAUUGCAAUCAAAUCGGUAAAUAAAAAGCGGAAUUAUAGAAAGCGGAAAGCUACGCAUACGGUGCGCAAAGAGGAGAAGCUAGCACUUGAGCAGGAGAUUGAAAUACUGCAAAAAGAUCUCGAACUGUUAAAAAUGAAGGUCAUAAUCGAAAAUGAUGGAAAGACACAGUCAGACCGAAAGCGUUUGGCCAAAACGAUUGUUUUGAGAGAGGCUGUGCAAGAGAAGCAUUUGGUGCUGGCUAGAGCACACGCAAUGCUAGCAGGGCAUUCUCAACAAUGGAUCUACAGAGUGCAUCCGACAGAAAUCACAAUUCGACUGGGAAACGACAGAGGCGAAAGAUUGAGAACUUUGAGUGCGCUCGGAAAACCUAAAUUGGAGAUAGCGAGAAGGUAUCUAAUGGAAAGAGCUCGAGGAUUGAGUUCAACGUCUCCGUAUUUUCAGGAAGAGCGGUACACUACGAUUAAUGGCGAUUACUGUGUUGAGCGAUUUGACGUGAUUCCUUUUCGAGGAGCCAGACUUAGCGUGCAAGAGGUAUUUGCAGCACUUCAACAGGCAACUGUCAACGCCGAAAUCAUUGUUUCUGAAUUGUCAGGUAAUAUCACUAUUCGGGAUGAUGAUGAACUGGAAAAUGAACAUUUCUCGCAUAAGCGCUUUGUAUCGCACAUGUCGCAGGGUGUACAAAUCGAAUCAAACCUCGUGCUCUUCUCGGACUUGCAAGAAGGUGGGCACGACUGUGAUGAGAAUAAAUGCUAUGCGAUCAUGGCGUCGGAAUUUGUCGAUGAUGAUGCAAAAUACCCGUACAGACCAAAUGAACGCAUCAGGCGCGACUUGACGACAGUUACAAUGGUGACGUCGUGUCGAGAGACUUCCGUUAACGGGAUGAACCCCAAUACCAUUGAGUUUGUGGUGGUUGUCAAGCGGUGGGCAUUGACGAUUGUACGACAGCCUGCUAUGUUUGUACCCGAUCUUGUUUGGAACGAAAUACGCUACGAUCAGGUGCGGUGGGCGGACCUUAUGUUUAACUGCGUGCGUCAGACACUCGGAUUGCCCGUGGAGCAAUAG